AUGUUUUCACCAUUUGUUGACGGUAUGCACCCACAUCAACAUUUUCCACUUAUGCAAUUACCUGAUCGACAACAAAUGCAAAUACCGACUGGUUAUCAUCCACAACAGCAACAGCAACAAGUGCCAUUGCCGCAUAUGAUGCCACAAGCACAGCAAGUUCAUCAUCUAAUUCCACAAUCAACGGGAACAUCGACGACAAAUCGCGAUCAUCAUCAGCAUUCUCAUCCGCCUAAAGAAAUGAGCAAACCCAAAGGCCGAAUGAGUGCAUACACAUUUUUUGUACAAAAAUGCCGUGAUGAACAUCGAAAAGCAUAUCCUAAUGAGAAUGCUAAUUUCAGUGAAUUCUCGAAGAAAUGUGCAGAAAAGUGGAAGACAAUGACUGAAAGUGAAAAAUCAAAGUUUGCUGCUCAAGCUGAAGUCGAUAAACAACGGUUUGAACGUGAAAUGGCUGUAUAUCAACCCGGUGAAAAACGAAAGAAGAAAAAGAAGGACCCAUUGGCACCAAAACGUCCUUUAUCGGCUUUCUUUCAUUACUGUAAAGAAGAACGUCCCAAAUUGAAAGCAGUGAAUCCAAGUUUAUCUGUGGGUGAAAUCGCGAAAGAACUCGGCGAUCGAUGGAAUCAUACAGCACCUGAUGGAAAACAAACUUAUGAAGAAGCUGCACAACGAGAUAAGGAAAGAUAUGAAAAAGAAAUGAAUGACUUCAGAUUAGCAAAUAAGAAAGCAACAAAAUCAAAUUCAUCAUCUCAAGCGUUAGCACAGCAACAACAACAACAACAACAAUCGCAUCACACUGAUCAACAAGUCAGAGUACAUCAAGAUACUCAACAACAGCAACAACAGCAGCAGCAACAACAACAACAACAACAACAACAGUACUCUUCAGCACCAUACCAAUUACCAUCUUUUAAUCCAAUGCAAUCUUUUCAACCACAAGCUUUUGCUCAAAUGAACAAUUUUCAAGAUAAUGGCUUGGCAGCAUCACUUUUCCCUCCUUACAAUGGUUACUCAUUACCAAUGCCACAUAACAACGUUCAAAUACAGCAAUUUCAAGCCUUACAACAACAGCAACAAUUGCAACAACACAUUCAGCAUCAGACUUACCAAACGUUAACGACAGCGAAUACGAAUUCGACUAAUAAAAAUAAUACGAAUAAUAACAAUGGUGAACAACAACACGAUGGCGACGAGGAUGACGAUGAUGAGGAUAAUGACGACGAUGAUAACGAAUCUGAAGGUGAAGAAUAA